AUGGCUCGUAGCACCGGCCUCACAUUCUGGGGCCUAGUUGGCGCCACCAUGGUAGCACUCAAGUUGAAAGAAAAUUGGGGCGACUACCAACGUGUCUCCCCUGAAGAGGGCGGCGUUGGUCCAGUCGCCCUUCAUAGCCCAGUGGAUGACGACGACGACGCAAUGUCUACCUUUGACACAUCAAUUCCCACAGCUAGGCCGAAAAGAAAGAGAGACUGUUGCGUCUGCUGCGGUCUGCGAUGUGGUCUUUUCUGGAAGGCCUUUGGAAUCGUUUGCUUACUCUUUGUCGGCUGGAAUGCCAUCAAAUUCGUCAUUUGGAUGGUUACCCCCUCCCCCACCGGUCUGGAAGGCAUGCCUCAAUUCAGCUCGUCACUUGGUUGUUCCAAUGCUGUCCACAUUUACAACGGCUCGGAACUCACGUACGCUGUUCCGUUCGAUGAGUCAUUGGCGAGCCAUUCUAUGUAUAUCGAUGGUACGGCAGUCGGUACUGUCACAUUCGUAGAAGGAGGACCUCGCCUGACUGAAAUCGGGUAUCAAUUGCUACUUCGCUCCAGCGAUGCGGCGCUCCUCGACUCGAUCAUUUUGCAAUACCCUACCGAGAGCGAGGUCAAGGAUGGUCUAUCACCGAGUCGCAUGCGCCUAACGACUCCGCCAUCCUCACCCUCUUCCUGCAUGCGAUACGACCUGGUGAUCUACGUGCCUCCCGCUCUAAAGCAGCUAGAGAUUCAGUCGAACAGUGUUACUCAGCUGCAGUUCAACAAGGAAUCUGUGUUCGACCUCAACUCCCUCACCUUGACGCUCGCGGCGGCGGACGAGAAGAACAUGAUCCUCCCACACCAGAACGUGCGCGCAGGACAGCUCUCAUUUGAAUUGACCCGCGGAUGGCUUGUAGGGGACGUCGCGAUCGUCGACAAGACGUCUCUCAGCGCGAAGCGUGGGGAUGCCACCAUGAAUGUACACGUUCACCCCGUCUCAUCCGCUGCUGAACCUCCCGCCGUUGCUGAGUUGGUGACAACGACUGGUUCUGGACGCACAGACGUGUUCUACAUUAACGACCCGGGCUUCCCCCAUCGUCCGAUCAACAGCAUGCAUCGCACGACACGCAGCGGCGAUGUCUACUUGACAUACAAGCAAGCUGAAUUCAGGGGCACCGUCGACCUUCAGGCGAAAUCUUACAGUGCUACAGGUUUGCAGAACAGCGUGCGCAAGUCGGGCUCCGGCGAGCUCCCUUGGGUCGGUGACAAGGAUGGUGGUGACAACAUGGUCAUCUCUUCGCCUAAUAGCUGGGUUGGCCUCUAUUUCUAG